AAACCGAACGAAAUCAAUCCUGGCAAGAUCCGUUUUUAGGUCUCUGUCAUUAAGUCAUUAAUUAGUAAAGCACAGGCAAAACGUCCAUGUUUAUUUAAGAUCUCGAGCAAUAAGCGAUUCAUUGAUUGAAACACUUCCCCUGGAAUAAAUUAACCCUGAAACGUGUCGGGUCGCGUGCGGCAGGUCCGGUGGGCGUCGUUGGCGAAUGUGGAGCGGCGUGUGGCAGGUAGAGGGAUGCCGGUGAGUGGUGACGCCGCCGCCGCCGCGACGCGCCGCGUCGAUCCGGGAAAACUCCCUACAUCCCGCGCGAAGAGCACAUGAUGCGUCGGGUCUUAACUGGGUCAGUGGGACAUCCCCACCAGUCCCCCACGGCCGUUCCCCCACCCGCUCUCCCAGAUAGUGUGCGAUGUUGUAAGUGUGUAUGUGUGUGUAUGUAUGACUUCACAACAGCACUAACAUAGACCUGGUUCAUGGGAAAGUGGGUCACCGGUCCCGAGUCACUUUCACUUAUUACAUGGGCUCCUAAUCAUUUUCCAUUGUAGCCCGGUGCUGACAACACGUCUCUCGGAAGGGGGUUCGGUGCUGAACGUUCUUGGACGGUCCGCGCUGGUCAGUUUGCCCACUGAACUCCGCGACGACGGAGGUGCUUCCGUUCCCUCGCUGCGUGUGUGUUAUGUGUGCCUGGAUAGCCCCGCCAUCGGAUUACUCAUGCACUUAGCCCUGUUGGAAUAUUGUGUUGUGUCUGUGCGCUUCCUCGAUGGCGAUGACGCCGGACGAAUCCCUCGUGACGUGACCGAACGGCCGCUCUUUUCCAAUUUUUGACUAGUUGCCGCAUUAGCGUUCUCCCGUGUGACUGUUUAGUGAGAUGUUACUGGACAUGGAGAACCAUUCGACGUUGUUAUCUCUGAACAUGUCCCCGUUUAACGCCAACUCGGGGGAUUCGCCCGCGGGCGCCCCGGCGUCCAGCCCCAUGCCGCCCCAAUACGGCUCGCCCCCUAUAAGCCAUUACAGCAGCUGCCAACAGUCGAUGGGCAUGCAGCAUCACCAGCAGUCCAUGAUGAUGUCGCAGAACAUGAAUAACUUAGACGCGUCUUAUAUAUUUUCCCCAGGAGCCAACGCGAUCUCCGGGGUCGACAUGGGCGCCAGCUACCAGAUUUCCGGACCGGCGACGUCUCUGACCGCCGGAGACCUGCCGGACACGAAGGACGGCAUCGAGGAGCUCUGCCCAGUUUGCGGCGACAAGGUCUCCGGCUACCACUACGGCCUCCUCACGUGCGAAUCCUGUAAGGGAUUUUUCAAAAGAACCGUUCAAAACAAGAAAGUUUACACGUGCGUGGCGGAAAGAAGUUGUCACAUAGACAAAACGCAACGGAAAAGGUGUCCAUUCUGUCGGUUUCAAAAGUGCUUGGAAGUCGGCAUGAAACUCGAAGCGGUACGAGCAGACCGAAUGAGGGGAGGUAGGAAUAAAUUCGGUCCAAUGUAUAAAAGGGAUAGAGCACGGAAGCUGCAGAUGAUGCGACAGCGACAGCUUGCGGCGCAGACACUAAGAGGAAACACUCUGGGGGACGGUAUGUACAGCAACCAGCCAGGAACAUCACCUUUUGCCAACAUCCACAUAAAACAAGAAAUCCAGAUCCCGCAAGUCUCAUCGUUGACGUCGUCGCCCGACUCCUCGCCGAGUCCGAUAGCCGUUGCCCUAGGCCAGGUGAACACGUCAGCGCUGGUCCAGCAAGGGUCCAACCAGCAACCGGCUCUCCAAAUAGUCGGUGUACCCGGAGCACCGUCGUCGAUGGUGAUGGGACCCGACAAUAAGCUCUGGGGCUCGGCCAACUCCACCACCACGUCACCUCACUCUCUUAGUCCCAAAGCGUUCCAGUUCGACACGGUGGUGCAAGGGAGCAGUGCACCUCCUUCUAGUAAAGUGUCACCGCUCAUUAGGGACUUUGUGCAAGCCAUCGAUGACCGCGAGUGGCAGAACUCCUUAUAUACAUUACUCCAAAACCAAACAUACAAUCAGUGUGAAGUGGACUUGUUUGAACUUAUGUGUAAAGUUUUGGACCAAAAUCUGUUUUCUCAAGUGGAUUGGGCGAGGAAUUCUAUAUUCUUUAAGGAUCUCAAGGUGGAUGACCAAAUGAAAUUAUUGCAACAUUCGUGGUCAGAUAUGCUCGUUUUGGAUCACAUACACCAACGCAUGCACAACAAUCUUCCCGACGAAAUGACUCUUCACAAUGGUCAAAAGUUCGAUUUGUUAAGUUUAGGAUUAUUAGGCGUACCCAGUUUAGCAGAUCAUUUUAAUGACAUCACAGCCAAACUACAAGAACUCAAAUACGACGUUAGCGAUUAUAUUUGUGUUAAAUUUUUAUUGUUGCUUAACCCAGAUGUACGAGGAAUUACAAAUAAAAAACAUGUUCAAGAAGGUUAUGAACAAGUCCAGCAAGCUUUACUCGAAUAUACGGUGACGUGUUACCCACAAAUCCAGGAUAAAUUCAACAAAAUGAUGCAACUGCUACCUGAGAUCCACAGCUUGGCGGCGCGAGGAGAAGAGCACCUUUACCACAAGCAUUGCAGCGGUAGCGCGCCAACCCAGACGCUUUUAAUGGAAAUGCUCCAUGCGAAAAGAAAAUAACGGCCGUCCGCCUCCUCAUUUUCGUUACCAUAUCUGUGUGCAAUACCAGCUUACACUGUACAUAGGUUAUUGGAAAUCUCGUAGUUGUUGACAUUGAUGCCUUCAAGAAGUACAAAGAGCUAGGGCGGCCAGGCCGCACCGCCACCACAUAUUUUUAUAAAACUAGAGAGCGGCCACAGCACCCUGCUCCGUUGUUUAAUUUAUAAAUGUUACGUUGAUUUGAGUUUUAUGAACGAAACACAUUCCAGAAGUGCUCUGGAGGGAUUCAAGGGCAUCCUAGCAUAGGGUAGCGUAGCUUUUAAGCGCGAGUGAAUGAAUGCUUGUGGAUGUUGCAGACCAAGCGCACUGCACUAUUUCAACGUUUUAAUAUUAGUACGUGUGGGAACCGCCCGCGGAGGACGGCUUCUCGUUAGCUUAACCAUGGUGAUGGACUAACAGCUGUAAUUUUAUGUAAUUAUAGAAUUAUACAUAUAUAUACAAUUUAUUACUAGUUACUAAGUUUAAUUAUAUUAUAAAUAUAUUUGAUUAUGUUAUAUAUAUGAAUGUUAAUAUUAUGUGAGAGCAAGGUACUGUGGUCUAACCUGUGUUAUUGUUAUCAUUAAAUUGAUAAAUAUUACUGAUUGUUUGUGUUGUGCAGGCUACCUCUAAAGUCUCCUUCGCGUGGGGCCGCUGUGCGAGUCCCUCUGCGCUGGUAAAGCGGAGUCUAUUAAAAUGUUAGAGUAUCUUGCCCUGUGACAUGCAAAAGGCCCUGAGCUUAUUAUUGAUUGAUCAGAUAUAUAUUUAUAUAUAAAAUACGUACACUUAUUUAAGCAGUGUGAUUGCGAAGAUGUAUAUAUAAUUUAUGUGGAUCAAAGUGACUUGUUUGUAGAAAUAAAUCACAGUGAAAUUAA